AUGCGUCCUCUUAUCACAACUUUCUGCGGGCUCAUUGCUAUUCUCUGUGUUCUGUUUCUUGUUCACAAGCUCCUCCGUUUUGGGCAUCGAGACAAACGUCUGCCACCUGGACCACCUACUAUCCCAAUACUGGGCAAUGCACAUCUCAUUCCGUCCCAUGGCCUGCAUCUGAAGUUCAAAGAAUGGAGCGACAAAUAUGGGAAUAUAUUCUCUCUCAAAAUUGGUGCGGGCACUGUCAUUGUUCUGAGCGACCGCCGGGCUGUCCAUGACCUUAUUGGCAAGAGGAGUGCUAUCUACUCUGAGAGACCACUUGACAACAAUUCCGAAGUUGCCUUUGGUGGCGAGAACUUUGCUUUUCUGCAUGCGACCCCUUCGUGGCGAGCCCAAAGGAAAGUUGCAUCUCAAUAUUUGGCACCAAAAUCUAUUGAUGACAAGAUUGCACCUAUUCAGGAGGCCGAGACUUGCCAGUUGGUGCACGAUCUGCUAGAGACACCAGAUCAAUUCUUCGCCCAUAUCAAACGUGUCACGGCCUCGAUAGCAGCUAUUGCCAUUUUUGGAUUUCGCGCUCCGACCGUUGAUAGCCAUUGGACCACUAUUAACCCAACCUGUGAGCCUGGUAGCUACCUUCCAAUCGAACAGUUCCCGAUUCUUAAAUACAUUCCCGACCGUUGGGCACCCUCUAAGGCUCGCGCAAAGCACUGUUACAGGGCCGUGACUGCUAUAUGGGUGGACGCUCGGAAACGGGUCGAAAAACGACGUCAGAACGGCGAUGAACGCAGUUCCAUGGCUGACAGGGUGCUUUCUGGGGAGGUGAAAUUUGAUGUACCAUUGACCCCUACCCAGCUGAGUAAUUUCUUUGGCACACUUCAUCAGGGGGGUGCCGAUACGACAUCUAGCAUGGUAUUAACACACGUUCUAUACCUAGCCAAGCAUCCCUUAGUUCAACACAAGGCAAGACUAGAGCUUGACUGCGUCUGUGGAACGGAAAGAAUGCCCACUUGGGCAGACUUUAAGGAUCUCCCCUACAUAAACUGCAUCAUUAAAGAAGGCUUGCGCCUACGGCCAGUUUCCCCUGUCGGCGUUCCGCAUCGAGUGAGCCGCGAUGACUGGUUCGACGGCUUGCUUAUCCCGAAAGACGCAACAAUCUUCUUCCCUCCACACGCAUUAAAUUCUCCAUUUGAGGACCCGGAGACGUACAACCCAGACAGAUUUCUUGGCCGUCCAAAACUUGCAAUGGACUAUGCUGGAAGUCCGGACUACAUGAACAGAGAUCACUAUGCGUACGGCGGCGGGCGGCGCAUCUGCGUUGGUAUUCAUCUCGCCGAGCGUAUGCAGUGGCGCAUCGUAGGAAAACUGCUUUGGGCGUUCGAAAUCAAGCCAGCCGUUGAUGAAGAGACCGGAAAGUCCGUCAACCUCGAUCUGGAUGCGUACGUGGACGGGUUUUUGAUGCAGCCGGCGCCGUACAAAGUUCGCUUCACGCCAAGAAGUGAAAAGCAUGCUAGGAUUAUCCAGCAGGAUUUCAAGAACAUAGAAGAUUUCCUAAAGAAGUGGGAAUGA